CUCACACAGAGCUCUGUCACUCACACCCACUCACCCACUCGCCGCUCACACGACCGCCGAGCUCACGAUGGACGGUGCGAUGCCCUCCACCACGAACCCGUCGCCGCCCGGCGCGCCGCGGUACCUCACCCACAUUGUGCCCUUCACCGCUGGCGGGGACAAGCUGCCAAUUGCGCGCGUGGGCGAGUUCCGGACCGCGCACUACUCGCAGAACGACACGAGCCUCAACGACGCCCUGUGGAGCCUGUACCCCGUCGAGAAGAGCCUCGAGGAGCUCAAACGUCGCGAGGUGAACGCGAAGGCCGCAUGCGACAGGCUCAUCCCGCCCAUGUCGCGCAGGUACGACCGCAAUGCUCUUGUCACCGGCGUGCCGAUACACGAGCACGGGCGCAUCGCGGCCAACCUCCACACCCUGCGCAUCACGUACCACCGGCUGCUGAACGACCCCACGAUCGACGUCGAGGCCAAGGGCGACGGCCGGCCCGCGGUCGACAUCCUCCUCGAGCGCAAGAAGCUCGGCCUCGUCGAGCCCCUUCAGACCCUGCUGCCCCGCCUACAUCAGCUGAACGAGAUGAGCAAAUGCCACGUCUCAAAGCAGUACAAGCUCGCCAUGCUCAGGUGGUGCCGCGCUCUGAUCGACAUGUACCCCUGGACUGCGACACCGCUGAUCUUCACGCACGGCGAGGCGUUUGGUCUGCGGAUAGGCCCACUCGAGGCAGACCUGUGGAGCAAGAUUGCGACGGGCGCGGUGCACCUGUCGACCGACGACCCGUCGUGGGCCAUCGUCGCCAAGUCGACGGCAUGGGCGGCCAUCAGCAUGCGGUACAACACGCACCGACACCUGUCGCUCGCGUACCAGCGGUGGUGCAAGGGCAAGUCGCUGGACAAGCUGGUGGGGCAGUUCAUCCCCCCGCACCUGAUCUUUGCGCGCGCGCUCGCCGACCCCGACCUCGCGCUGCGCGACCUCAUCGUCAAGAUCUGGGCCGCUGACCCAGACGACGGGUCGUGGGCCCACCAGCAGUGCUACAAUGGCCAUGUGACGUGUGUGACGACCAUCGAACACAUUCCGGUGACCCGCAGCGCACUGCCAGGAGGCUGCUUCGAUCUCGACAGCGAGGGCCUGCCGAUGUUCCCCGUCGGCAUGGAGCACUGA